UUACAGCACUCAAUUCUUCACUUUUCUUAGUGGUUUGAAAGCUUCCGCAGCAAGAAAACCCCAAUUCAACAUAUAAAAGCCCCUUUGCCCAACUCUGACUUCAAAAAAGCCAACCGGUUUUUUUCAAGUUGCCUGACGCCGGCGCCAUGAUACCCGACGAAGAGGAAAAUGAAAUCCCUGCCCUUGAUUUCCAGCAUCUCAAAGUGAUCUCAGCCGUCGGCCGCGGAGCCAAAGGCGUGGUUUUUCUCGCGAAAGACGUAGCGUCCGACGAGUUCUUGGCUCUGAAGGUGAUCGCCAAGGCUCUGAUCGAGGGAAAGGGCAAGGCUGAUGGCGCCGAGUACAAGAGGAUUUGCUUCGAACAGCAAGUGCUACGUCGUUUUAGCCAUCCGCUUUUGCCGAGAUUGCGUGGAGUUUUGGCUACGGAAAAUGUUGUGGCCUACGCUAUUGAUUAUUGUCCUGGAGGUAAUCUUCAUUCUCUGAGGAAAAGGCAGACUGAGAAAAUGUUCUCCGAUGACGUUAUCAGGUUUUACGCGGCGGAACUGGUUUUGGCGUUAGAGUAUUUGCACAGUAUAGGCAUAGUUUACAGAGAUUUGAAGCCAGAAAACGUUAUGAUUCAAGAAAACGGUCACAUAAUGCUCGUCGAUUUCGAUCUGUCCACGAGAUUAUCGCCAAGAAGUCCUCGAUCGUCUCCAAAUGCCGACUUGGUCCCCAAAUCUGACUUGGUGAAGAAAAAGCGGUUGUCGCCGUUGCACCGGUUCUGUAACUCGGGCAUUUUACCGGAUGACUCGAUUUCGCCGGGUAACUCGAUGAAGGCCGAGUCCGACUCUGCGGAGAAGUGCAACUCGUUCGUGGGCACAGAGGAGUACGUCGCGCCGGAGAUCGUGUUAGGAAACGGCCACGACUUUGCGGUGGACUGGUGGUCCCUCGGGGUUCUGCUGUACGAAAUGCUGUACGGAGCGACGCCAUUUAGGGGGUCCAAUAGGAAGGAGACCUUUCAUCGGAUUUUAACCAAGGUCCCGGAGCUCACAGGGGAAACGACGCCGUUGAGGGACCUGAUAGCGAAGAUGGUGGAAAAGGACCCGGAAAAGCGAAUCGAACUGGAGAGAAUCAAGGGCCACGAUUUCUUUAGAGGGAUUGAGUGGGAUCACGUGUUGCGAAUCUCGCGGCCACCGUUUGUUCCGGAAAAUGAAAUUGAGGGCAUAGAGGGAAUUAAAAAUAUCGACGCGGAGUUGUUUGUCCAGGGAUUAGUUGGAAACGGAGAAGUAGAUGUUAACAGAGGUGUUGUGAACAAUAAUCACAAAACUACUGAAACUGAUAAAUUUCUUAAUUUCUGAUUUUUUUUUUUUUUGAUAGUUUUAGUUUAUGUACUAAUCAUUAUUAUAUUUAUUUGAACAGCAUGGAGCUAGCUGUAAAUGUAACUGAUAAAUAAAUUAGAGCAAUUGUUAUAUAGACAGAAAUUUUCUAUAAAUGAGUUUAUAGGAAAUUUUAUCCA